GUCAGCCAAGUGUUAUAUGGAAGAUAAUUGAAUAUACUAUAGGCGAGUUGGAUUAUUUAGAUAAAAAUUUGGACAAAAACAAAGAUACAAAAGUAUUGUCUUCAACUUCCUCCAGACUAGAAGAAAUAUCAAAUUUAUUUAAUUAUUUACAAUCAUUACCAAAAAUGAAUACAACUGAAUAUUCUGAAUGUUUAUUAGGUAUAAAUGGUCAAAUGAAAAAAGUAUCAUUAAAAUUAAAGAGUUGUGUGGAUGAUAAACAAUAUUCAAAUGCAAAGAAAUAUGGUUGGAUAGAAAAAAGGUGUGGUAAAAAUUUAGGUUCCUGGAAAAGAAUGUGGUUUAUAUUAAAAGAAAACGAAUUACAAUAUUAUAUAAAAGAAAAGAAUUUAAAGAAAAGAACACCAACUAUUAGUGGUAAUAGUGCUGUAAAUAAUAAUGAAAAUAAUAGUAUAAAUAGUGUAAAUAGUAAUAAUAAUAAUAGUAAUGAAAAUAGUAAUAAUAGUUUACAAGAUUCAAUUUCACAUGUCAAUUUAGAAGGAGAAUUAGGUAAAAAAAAAGAAGGAAAAGGAUGGAAAGUUAGAUGGAUGAAACUUUUAGACCACAGUUUACUUUAUUACAAGUCGAGCAAAGACCGUGAACCAUUAGGUAUAAUCAAUUUGAAUGAAUGCCAAGAUUGUGAAAUUAAUAAAGAUGUAUCAAAUAAAUUUGUAGUUGUACAUUGUAAUAAUAGAUAUUAUUUUAAGACUAAUACAAAGGACGAAUUAAAUCUUUGGGUUAAAGCCAUCAAAAAAAGAAUACCCGCCAUUAAUCAAACGACAGAAUUUAACAAAAUGGAUUUAGAUCAAUUCCAAUUGAAGGGUGUUAUCGAAUUCUCUAAUGUUUUGGGUGUUCAAGAGACAUAUAAAUUUAGUAGCCAACCAAACUGUAUACUUAUUUCAACUGAUCAAAAGACCUAUUAUCUUUCAUUUGAUUCAAACAAAGAGAAAUCUGAUUGGGUUUCUUCAAUAAAUCAAACCGUAGCAAAGUUUACCCAAUCAUUAAGUGUCAGAAGUACCUCAAUUAGUAACGGUUCAGUUUCUCCACCAUCUCAGUCCAAUGGUCCAUCCUCCCCACCACCAAAUAAAGAUACUGGCUUCACUUUUUCAUUUAAAAAUGCCAAACCUUGGAGAUUCUCAACAGUUCCAUCGUCAUCUUCCUCGCAAGUUCAUAGUCGUUCUCAUAGUGAAACUUUUAGUGCUGGUACAAAACCAUCUGUAAGAUUUAGUGAUUCACCACCAAUAAAAUCAAGUGCAGCAAAGUCACCAUUAUCAGAUUCAAAUAAAAAGGAAGAUUUUGAGUAUGGUUCUCAAAUUUUACCAAGAAAAUUAACAAUGUUGGGUCCAAAUGGUGGUGUUCAAGUAAGCACAUCUACCGGAGCAGUUGAGUUAUCACCAGUUUUAACAUCAUCCACAAAUAAUGGUUUAAUAAACGAGUCUAUGGACUCUAGCGAUGAGGGUGAUGACGAUUGUAAAAUGAUGAUGCCAGAGUCACUCAAGAAUGAAAUGAUGAGAAGAAGCGUAGUUUCCUUAUUAAAGACUUUUAAAUUGGAAAUUUUUAUAGUGUCUGAUCAAAAAGACCAAGAGGUAUUUACUUUUGUUUUUAAUGACUCUGUUUUGGUAGAUCAAGUAAAGGCAUUUGCAUUCAAGAGUAUUCCCGCUUUACAAAACUUAAAUGCUUCAGAGUAUCGUUUAGGUAUAGAUGAAGAUAACUUAUUAGAAGUCGAGUUUCUCAAAUUUGUGUUCAGUAACACCAUUGUAGAAUUGGAAUUAAAAAUAUGUGGCAUUGUUAAACUUGGUAUUUUCCAUCAUCGUAAAGAUAGAAGAGUUAAGGAAAAACUUUAUCCUGAUAAAUACCAAGGUUUACAUUCAUCAUCGAUGAAUAAUAAACUUUAUUCAAGUAGUCAAUACAUGCCAACUAUAGAACUUUCAAAGAGUGAAUCAUCAUUAUGCACCUCACCAAAUGGCAAUGGUAUUGCUAGCUCUCCAUCAAUCAAAUCACCAUUAAGUGUUUCAGCUUCAACAACUCCAAUUUUAAACGGAAGUGGGGAUUUACCAAACCAAGCCAAUAAUCAUAUUAAUGGUCAUUACAGCCAUCCAUUGGCAUCAUCAUCACCAAACCUAUCAUCAUCUGCAUCAUCAGUUAAUUCAUCGCCAAUCAGUGAAAAGAAAGCAAAUAGUACAUGGCAAUCAGUUAAUCCAUCUUUAAAUCGUCGUCAAUUGAUUAGCAGUUGCAUUGGAUGGAAUAUUGAAUCACCAACAACAAACUCAUUCUCAUCAGUAAAUUGGAAACCUAAAUUUGAUAAACAAGAGCAUGGCUUCUACAGAAAGUAUAAUUUCGAUGGCUCAUCAAUUGUUCAAAGUUUUUUAGGUGUUGACAAUAAGAUCGGCCCAAUUGCAUUCAGUUUAGCCAAAGACUCUAAUGAUAAUUAUCGUGGUGUUCUCCAUACUAAAUUUGGUGCCAAAGCUAUUAGUGAAGAGUCUAAAAACAUUAUAUUUACCCUUUUACCAAUGUCAAAGAAAAUCAAAACCAAAAAGGUUGUAUCACAUCUCAUCAAUAUUAUCGAUCCAACUAUUGAUCCAAAACUUUUAAAUUUAGCAUCAAAUCAAAAUGAUUUACAAAAAGAAUUGCUCUCAUUUGAAGAGCGUCAAACUACUAGCGGUUUCAAAUUUGGUUUGGUAUAUUGUCGUCACGGUCAAGUCACAGACGAUGAAAUUUUCUCAAAUAAGGCUGGUUCACCAGAUUGGGAUGAAUUCCUUGGUUUAAUAGGUGAUAAAAUUGAAUUAAUUGGUUGGCCACACUAUUCUGCAGGUUUAGAUGUCAAAUUUAAUUCAACAGGUACCCACUCACUCUAUACAGAUUAUCACGGUAAUGAAGUAAUGUUCCAUGUAUCAACUAUGCUUCCAUUCUCACCAAAUGAUCCACAACAAAUCGAAAGAAAGAGACAAGUUGGUAAUGAUAUUUGUGUGGUCAUUUUCAAUGAUGGUAGUCUAUCAUAUGCUCCAAACACAAUUACAUCUCAAUUUAACCAUGUAGUUAUUUUGGUUCAAUAUGAUAAACAAAAUAAUGGUUAUAAAGUAUCAAUGUCCUGUAAAGAUGGUGUUAAAACUCCAUUCGAACCAGUCACUCCAAGUGGAAUCAUUAAAAAAUCAGAUAUUAAAGAUUUCUUAUUAACAAAAUUAAUUAAUGGCGAAUUAGCAAGUUUACAAGCUCCAGUUUUUGCUUCAAAAAUUACAAGAACAAGAGAAUCAUUAUUAAAUUACUAUAUUUCCCAAUUUUUAUAAAAAAAAACAUC